AUGGAGCCCUCCGGGGCUGCCCAAGUCGGCAUUGCUGACGGCAAGCUGUAUCAGGCGGACCUCCAGGAGCUGCGGCAGGGCCUACCCCCGCUCACCUACACUGGUGAAGACACCGCGGCAUGGCUGCGAGACUCCCUGCUGACGCUGCGGCUGGAGGGCACCGCAGCAGCAGACGUCGCCGUGAGCGGGCUGAGCUGGCAGCCGCGCUACGUGCGCCCCACCCUCUGGACCGACCCCAGCCAGCCGCGGUCGGCGGUGGAGCCGCUGCUGCCAGACAGCCUGGCGGGCGGCGACGAGGAGGGGGAGGGGCAGGCGGCGGCGGCGGCGCUGGGGUUCCGGGAGGUUGCGCUGGACAUGGAGGAGGACUCCGCCGACAGGCUGGCGCUGGCGCGGCGGCCCAUGGCGGCGCGGCAGGGCACGCGGGAGUUUGUGCGGGGCCGCAUCGGCAGCAUGCCCUUCACGCCAGGCGGCGCCGCCUGGGACGCAGGCGGCAACUCCGCGGCGGCGGCGGCCGCAGAGGAGGCAGCCAGCGGCGCAUGGCUGGCGGAGCUGGAACGGGGGCAGCCGGAGCUGCUCAAAGCCGUGCCUCCCGGCAUGCCGCGCGGCCUCUUUGGCGGCUGGGCUGCCGAUGCGGCGGAGGCCGAGGCGGUGGCGGCGGCGGCCGAGGAGGUGGCUGCGCUGCAGGCGGCAGAGCAGCAGGCGGCGGAGGCGGCAGAGGCGGCAGGCGCGCGGCAGCAGCAGCAGAAGGUGUCUCUGGAGGACCUGUUCAGCGGCGUAUGGCUGCUGGAGGAUGGCGGCGCCGGUGCCGAGGGCGCGGCGGCAGGCGGCGACGAGGACUGGGAUGCGCCGCCUGCUGAGGAGGAAGAGGAGGAGGAGGUGGCGGAGGUGGCGGCGGCGGCAGGCGCGGCGGCGGGGCCCCUGCCAGCAGCGGCCGCAGCUGACCCUCUGCUGGGGCUGCCCAGCGGGGACCAGCUGCCCGGCGGCGUGGAGGGCGACGCAGUGGCGGCGGUGCUGGGGGCGGAGGCGGCGGCGGCAGACUGGGCGCGGCGCACGCCCGCCGCGGCCGGCGGCGGCGGCUUUGCCACCCUGGGCUCUCGACCCAUCAAGCGGCAGCGAGGGGACCACGAAUGGGCGCUCAAGGGCCACAUCCCCGGCCUGGCCAAGCAGUGGGAGCGGGCCCGGGCGGGGCUGGCCAAGAGCUGGCCCUUUGAGCUGGAUGUGUUCCAGAAGGAGGCGAUCCUGCACAUGGAGGGGGGCCGCUCCGUGUUUGUGGCGGCCCACACGUCUGCGGGCAAGACGGUGGCCGCGGAGUAUGCGUUUGCGCUGGCCGCGCGCCACUGCACCCGCGCCGUCCCCAACGUGAUGGAGUUUGCUGACUGGGUGGGCCGCACCAAGCAGAAGCACAUCUAUGUGACGGGCACCACCAAGCGCCCCGUACCGCUGCAGCACAGCCUGUACUUCUCCGGCCAGCUGUUCCCCAUCUGCCAGGCAGACAGCUAUAGCGCCCAGGGCUUCCGCGCCGCGCGCGAGGCUGCCAAGGCCAGGGCGGGCCCGGCGCCGCAGACGCGGGCCGAGGCGCAACGCGCGCUGCCCACCGGCCGCGGCGACGGCGGCGGCGGCGGCGGCCGCGGCGGCCGCGGCGGCCGCGGCGGCGCCCAGCAGCAGCAGCAGCAGCGGCACGGCCAGCGCGGCAGCGCCAACGCGGGCGCCGCGGCCAUGGCGGCGGCGAACCGCCAGGCGGCGGCGCAGCAGGGCGGCGGCGGCGGGCAGAUGCGGUCGGAGCGCAGCCAAUGGAUGAGCUUGAUUGAGAUGUUGCGCAAGAGCGACCUGCUGCCGUGCGUCGUGUUUGUGUUCAGCAAGAAGCGCAUCGAAGCACUGGCAGACAACCUGCAGGCAAGGAGGUGGCCGUGGGUGUGGGUGUCUCUGGAUCUGUCCACCGCGUCCGAGAAGAGCGAGAUUCACCUGUUCUGCGAAAAGGCGCUGGCGCGGCUCAAGGGAUCCGACCGGGAGCUGCCUCAGGUGCUGCGCGUGCGAGAGAUGCUGAAGCGCGGGCUGGGGGUGCACCACGCAGGCGAGCCACCGCCGCUGCUACGAGCCGCCGCCCCCAUUGCUGCGGCCGCCUCCGCCGCUGCUCCGCCAAGCGCCGAAAUUGUGGAGAUGCUGUUCUGCCGGGGCGUGAUACGGGUGCUGUUCAGCACAGAGACGUUUGCCAUGGGCGUCAACGCCCCCGCCCGCACAGUCAUCUUCCAGUCGCUCAGGAAGCACGACGGCAAGUCGUUCCGCAACCUGCUGCCGGGAGAGUACACGCAGAUGGCGGGGCGGGCUGGCCGGCGCGGGCUGGACACUGUUGGCACGGUGGUCAUUGCCUGCUGGGAUGAGCUACCCGAGGAGGUGGAGGUGAAGAAGAUGCUGACGGGCUCUGCCACCCGGCUGGAGAGCCAGUUCAGGCUGACUUACUCCAUGAUCCUCAACCUGCUGCGGGUGGAGGACCUCAAGGUGGAGGACAUGCUGAAGCGCUCUUUCGCCGAGGAGGAGAUGGAGGCGUACUGCCGGCUGUGCAUGGACGUCGAGGCGCUGGAUGCCCGCCUGCAGGCAGAGGUGAUGGGCACGCGUGCGGCGCAGCAGGCGCUGGCCUUGGGCCGCGUGGUGCUGGUGCGGGCGGGCGGCGGCGCCGGCAGCGGCAUCACAGAGCUGGGUGUGGUGUGCAGCGAGGGCCCGGUGGAUGCAGGCGGCGGCAGCACCGGCAGCAGGGGCCUGGACGAUUUCUUCGGCGGCAGCGGCGGCGCAGCAGGGGCAGCAGGAGGGGCAGUGGGACGCGGCACCUCGGAGGACGGCGGCGGCGGCGGCGGGGCGGCGUCGGGAAGAAAGUAUGCGGUGCUGUACCUGCACCGCCCAUCCCCGCUGGACCCGGCGGCACCACCGCCCGCGGGGCCGGCAGCCGCCGACGGCUCGCGCCAGGCGGCGCCUGCGGCAGCGACGCGGCCGGCGGCGGCGGCGGCGGCGGCGGGAGGCCCGCCUGGAUCUGGAGUCCCGCCUGGAGAGCCGAUGCUGCGGCUGAAGAAAAAGGAUGAUGAUGAUGAUCUGCUGCUGAUGGGGAGGGCGGCGGGAGGCAAGAAGGGCGGCAAGAAGGGCGGCGGCGGCGGUGGCGGCGGCCGGCAGGCGGCGGCGGCGACCCUGGGCGGCGGCCUCGGCGGCGGCUUUGGCGGCGGACCGGGGGGGAGGGGUGCGAGGCCGGCGGUGGCGCUGCCGCAUGCCGGGGAGGUGGCGGGCGUGGCAUUCCGGCUGGCGCAGGUGGCGGCGGCAGAUGUGGUGGGCAUCUGCAAAGUCAAGAUAAGGGUGGACGGCGACGGGGUGCUUGCCGGCGAAGGCGCGGCGCUGGCUGCGGGCGUGACCGCCCUGGCGCGGGUGGGUGAGGAUGCGGCGGCGGCGGGCGCCGACCCGCCCACGCUCGACCCUGUGGCCGACCUCAAGCUCAACUCGAUAGACCUGGUGGGCGACCUGCGGCUGCGGGCGCAGCUGGCGGCGCAGCAGGCGGCCAUGCGGUGCCACAGGGACCCGCUGCUCCCCGAGAUGCUGGCCAUCGCCCGCUCCGAGCGCCUGCUGGCGGCGCGGCUGGGCGGGGUGGCACGCCAGAUGAGCAACGCCAGCCUGGCGCAGCUGCCGGAGUAUCACCAGCGGGUGAAGGUACUGCAGCGGCUGGGAUACCUGGAGCGGGACCAGGCGGUGACGAUGAAGGGGCGGGUGGCGUGCGAGGUCAACUCGGGCGACGAGCUGGUUGCCACCGAGAUCAUCUUCAGCGGCCUGCUGGCCGAGCUGGAGGCGGAGGAGGCGGUGGCGCUGCUGUCGGCGCUUGAGAAGACGGCCGGCGAGCCCGAGCUGACGCCCCGGCUGGAGGCGGCGCGGCUGGAUGCCGUCAGCCUGGCGCUGCGGGCGGGCCUGGUGCAGCAGGAGUGCGGGCUGCAGCUGACGCCCGAGGAGUUUGCCUCCUCCACCCUCAAGUGGGGGCUGGCAGAGGUGGUGUAUGAGUGGGCGCGGGGCACCCCCUUCCAGCAGAUCUGCGGGCUGACAGAUGUGAUGGAGGGGUCGAUUGUGAGGGCCAUGGUGCGCCUGGACGAGACGUGCAGGUGGGUGGGCGUGGGGCUGGACGUCAUCUUCGCCGCAUCGCUGUACGUGGCCUAG